GGCAGGGAGAAUGAGGACAGAGAGGGAGGGUUUGGAGAAAAGAAGGCAAACUCUGCUUUGGACAAGCUGGGCUCCAGAAGCUUUUGGAUGGAGCUGAGGCAGAGAGAUUAGGGCUGGAUUCCUCCAUCUAGGACUCUUCUGUGGAAGGAGGGGGAUGGAGGAGAGGGGUGGGAGGUCGAUUACAAGAGGGGCAACAGGGAGUGGCCAGAGAGAAGUCUGCAGCACCUGAGACCCUCACCCACAUCUCCAGGACCACCCAAAUAGGGGAAAGGGCAAACUUGGGAAACCGAGGAAGGAAAGGGCUGUGCCUUCCCUUUGCAGCCACGCAGGGAAUGCGGGGAUCCUAACCACAAAGCCAUCCCAGGGCAGGGGGUAGGGAUCCUGGGGGGAAGGCAAGCUCCCGGUCCCCGAAGGCAGGAACUGGCCCUGGUUCGGCUGAGGAGCAAAGAUAGUCAUCUCCACGUCCUUGAAAGUAUUUCAGAGACGGGGCAGGGUCUGGUCGGCCCCUCCAUGGCCCUGUUCCUCGGCGGGCGGGAAAACGUGGCAGUCCUCUACACGUGCAGAAGAGGGACCGCCGAGAGGAAUUCGAGAAGAUGCCGAACUGCGCAGACGCAGCCCCUUCCGGGAACAUCCGGGCCGGGCUGGGAAUGGGGCGGAACUCAAAGAGCGGCGGAAGCGGAAGCUGCCCUGCCCCCCCCUCCACUUCGCUGUCUGUUGCUGGGCAGUGCUCUACGUGCGCCUGCGUAGCCGCGCACGCUUCGCGCCGGGGGCGGGUCUGAGGGCGGGGCUAGGUGGGUAGUCAGCUGACAAGCCCGCGGCAGCGGCGGCAGCGGAAGCCAAGCGGUUGCGGGGUUUGGGGUCCGAGGUCCAGGCUCCUGGGCGGCGAGCGGGUGAAGCGGCCAUGGCGACCACCGUCAGCACCCAGCGCGGCCCGGUUUACAUCGGCGAGCUGCCCCAAGAUUUCCUGCGCAUCACCCCCACCCAGCAGCAGCAGCAGAUCCAGCUGGACGCCCAGGCUGCCCAGCAGCUGCAGUAUGGCGGAGCCUUGAACACUGUGGGCCGACUCAACAUCACUGUGGUGCAGGCCAAGUUGGCAAAGAACUAUGGGGUGACCCGGAUGGAUCCGUACUGCCGUAUCCGCCUGGGCUACGCCGUGUACGAGACAGCCACUGCCCACAACGGCGCCAAGAACCCUCGGUGGAAUAAAGUGAUUCAGUGCACGGUGCCCCCCGGGGUGGACUCUUUUUACCUGGAGAUCUUUGACGAGCGAGCCUUCUCCAUGGACGACCGCAUCGCCUGGACCCACAUCACCAUCCCCGAGUCGCUCAAGCAAGGGAAGGUGGAGGACGAGUGGUACAGCCUGAGCGGCAGGCAGGGCGACGACAAGGAGGGCAUGAUCAACCUGGUCAUGUCCUACUCGUCUCUGCCGACCGCCAUGAUGACGCAGCCUCAGCCUGUGGUCCUGAUGCCCACAGUGUACCAGCAGGGGGUCGGCUACGUGCCCAUCACAGGCGUGCCGGCGGUGUGCGGCCCGGGCGUGAUGCCCCUGGCCGUGGCCCCUCCGGUGGUCAGCCCCCCGGCCCCGUGCAGCGAGGACGACCUGAAGGCCAUCCAGGACAUGUUCCCCAACAUGGACAGAGAGGUGAUCCGCUCGGUGCUGGAAGCCCAGAGGGGGAACCGGGAGGCCGCCAUCAACUCCCUGCUUCAGAUCGGGGAGGAGUCGUAGGCGCGGGGGGCCUCGCGCGGGACCUGGAGAGAGGAAGGUGGCCCACGAGCGAGCGUCCGUGCGUCUGUGCGUGCGUGCGUGCGUCCGUGCGAUCGUCCUCUCUCCGUGCCCCCUCCCCCUACGCUGUCGUGGCCACUGUCUGCACAUGGGUGUGGGUUUCCCACCUCCCAGCGGCGGCGCCACACGUCGGCGCCAUUGGGCUGAGGGGGGAGAAGCGUCAUCGCGUGUAUUUAUUCCCUCGCCUCCCCUCCCCCCGCCUCCCCGGGAGGAGGCUCACAGGCAUGCCCCCCACGUAGCUGUACCCCGAGAGCAUGCUCCCCCGAGCGUAGCCCUUAGGUCGCCCCGAGGGGGCCCGUCCAUGCCAGCCCUGCUCGUGUUCACCGCUGAGCCCCUCCAGGGGGCGUGGGGGGGCGCCCAGGGGCCCCCCAGCCCUCUUUAGACAACUCGAGGCCGUGCACUUUCCGGGGGGCCGCAGGGGGAGGCCCCUUUGUCCCCGCCAGGCUUGGGGAAGGACCAAACGCGGGGUCGGGCCGCUCUGAAGAGGCGGCGCCCCUCGGGGCCAGCUUGGGGCCGGCUUCCCGCUGGCCUGGGGCCCUGCUAGCCUGGAUUCUUGGGCCCCAUCGUGGUGUUGAACCCGAGGGCUGGAGCGCCAGACCUUGGCCGCCGCGUGACCAGAGGAGGCGUGGUCAUGCCCCCCCCCCCCCCCCCCCCCCCGCUCUCCUUUGGGGCUGCGCGGCUGGACCUCGGAAGGACUUUCUCAGGCGGGGACUGGGGAGGGCCGUCACCGUGGCCCGAGACGGGCUCGGACCCGGGCGCCGCGCCCUGCGGCUGCUCGGCUGGGCAUGUGGCACAAGGCAGGCGGCCGGAGGGCAUCUGCCCAGCCCGGGACAGCAGAACGACUGGCCGUCGGCCCUCCUCUCCUUCGGCGGGCGCGGGUGCGAGCUCGCUGGCGGAUCGCCCGGGGUGCGGGUCCUCGUUCUGUAGUUGGGUCCAGCGUCUGCGUCUUCUGCUUCGCGAAUGUCUUCUAACUUAAUAAAUGGUCGUCUGCGUGGAUGUUAA